AUGGACGCAAUAUCGCAUUCCAACAUGAGAAACCAACUGGACCGCUUCAAGGAGCAGCAGAUUAGCAAAUACGAGAAGUUUCAGAGAAGGCAAUCACCCCAGAGAGCAAGCAUUGACCAUGAGCGACUCGUGGUGAAUCUAUCGGAUAGGGUACUUGCGGAGGAUGAAAUAUCAGUAUUAUCCAAACGAGGUAAUUUUGCAAUCACGCCCCGCCACAUUCCGGUAGAGGACUCUUCAGUACGGAGGCAGCCAUUAGACAUCUACCGGACGAGGCCGCCGAGGAGAUACGAAUGGAACUAG